AUGCCGGUCACGGCAAAGCGCAAGCUGCUGAGGGGCGGUGGACGCCGCCUCUCCCAAGACUCCGACGAUGACACGGCCGCCGGGAGAUCCAAUGGCGUAUCGUCAUCUGCAACAACGGCAGACAGCGUCGAUUCGGACAUACCUUCCGUGAAGCGUGCCGCCACCGGCCGGCGCAAAGUGAAGUCUUCGCCGCGUACGGUUUCCGCCAAGUUCCUGCAAAGCUUCAUCACGCAGUUCAGCCCUGAGGAGCUUGCAGCUAAACGCACCGUCGAGACCAUAUACAGGAGCAGCAGCUCGUUCUCGUACACCUACCACAGCCUGCAGCGAAGCUUGUUUUCGGGGAAAAUAAGCCCAGAUGUGUUGCUUUCGUUCUUCAAGGCGUUAUCUGUCGUUGCGGACGAGCAGGUUUUGCGUGAGAUUCUAUCGGGGAAUACACCGCAAGUCAACGGCGGGACAACCACUCCAUCGCAAAGUACGCCAUCGCCGGUUCCGCCGUCGACGCUGCACAACUAUGAACUGCUGCUGGUCGGAGCCAUAAAGAAGUUGCGGGAUGUUCUGGUGGUUGAUGCAAACGCCAUCGGGUGGCGCAUGUUGAUGGCGUCACUGCGCUGCCUGCUGCUCGAUGGCCUCCUGCUGGAGAUGCGUUCGCUUUUCAAGAUGCUAUUCGGCGACUUCGAUGGCACAUACGAUAAGCUGAAAUCGUCUCUGGAGCAACUGAGGGGCAUGGUGACUUCGUUGGAUUCCGACAUGCCCCCUCCUAGCGACAAGGCGAAGCGCAAAUGCGUGACGGACGGCAACCCCAAUGUCGCGGAGUGUCUCGGUGUGGUGGAUCAAAUUAUGCAGCUGUUGUCGUAUCUAAGGGAAGUUUAUCGUAAUGUGACCACGGCAGUAGCCAACCGUCCGGAAUCCGAGGGUCUCGAGGCAUUACUUCAGACUGCUGAGUCGCACUUGCUGGUUCCCCAAAGUAUGGCAGUAGACGGCGUUGCGAGCAAUUCUUCGGGGAGCUCCAGUUCAUCAUCCGUGAAUGAGUCUGCGAAAGAGACUGCAGGAGCCGCCUCCGAAGGCGACCCAGUGAACGUCGACUUCAAGGUGGAGUGCCUGAAGCUGCUGCUGAGUGUUGAUAGCAAUGCCUGCCUUGGCGACGCGGACCUGCCUGACAGCAGCUUCAUACGCCAGAAAUUUGAGAACGUGUGCAAUGUGUUCGAGGACAACCGCCGCCGGCAGCGUGAGCAGCAGGCCGAGAUGGCGAAAAAGAGCAAGAUGAAACGCGACGCCGUGUCGUAUGUUCUUGCUCGCGUGGCGGAGUCCGAGAGCGCCAAUGCCCCGCCUAACAUUCGCCACCCCUUCUAUAUUCUGGGUAUACCGCCUUCACGGUGCUCUGAGGAGGUUUUACGCAAGUGCGGCCGCAAGCUUAAGACGCUGCUGCACCCCGACACCGAGCACGAUACCGAGUGGAAAGCGAUGGCGGAGCGCGCCUUCAAGGAGGCGUCGCUGGCACUCGAGAAGUGCGCAACGAUGGGCGGCUCAUUACACAACUCCAUUGGCUUGCGCAUGGGGACGCAGCCGCCUUUCGCUGCUUUCAUCGGCCUGGUGACUUCGAGCAGCGGCGACGAAGAGCCCUCCAGCACUGCGUCUGCCGCUGCGCAAUCGUCUGCGAACGUUUUGUCAGCACCAAACCUGGUAUUGAUGCCUUCAUUCACCUUGAGCUGCAUGGACAGCAAGGCCGGUUCCAUCGCUGUGUCCGUGGACCCUUCGUUAUAUUCGAUGAACGGCUUUUCGAAGCUGGGCAAGAACAAGCACCUGGUGGUCUACAUGCACCGCCCAAUGCACGGUGACGAACCUUCUUCAUUCCGCAUCCACCCGGAUUGCGUCUACGACAUACGCCGCGUGGCGGUGCCCGAGUCCUCCCAUGGCAAGCAGGUCUGCGUGAAGAUGGAUGCUGUGCAACCGAUUGUAUUCGGCAGUGCCUGGCGCUAUUUCGUGGGAGUUCAGUUGGAAGGCGAUCUCGGUUCGUCCCUGGUGACGUGGCGCAGCGUGUAUGUUGAAUUGGCUAACAAGGGCCGCACGGCGUCUCAUGUUGGCAAGCUACUCAACACUUACCUCGGUGCGCCGUUCGUGAACCAGUCCGUGCUCCAGGGUCACAUUGCGCGUUGUCGCGAAGGCGCCAAAGCAGACGCCGAGUUGUUUUUGCUCGAGUGCGCUAGAUUGGCGCAGCGCUGGGCCGACGGGCAAUGA